AUCGGCGCGCGCUUCACCGGUUGCUUAGCGUAUUUUCAUUCUUCUGCCACUGUGAUGCUUUAUACGUCUUCGACCCGGUAAGAACAGAAUGGCUGCCCUUCGAUCCUCAUUGGCAAUGCUGCGUACAAGAUGGAGAGAAAUGACAUCAAGACCGGCACUGAAAUGGACAUUCUCGACACUAUUCUGGCUCCCAAUGGGCAUAUGCUUCACAGAAUUGCUGUAUACCGUCAAGUCCGUGACGGGCAGGAGCAUGCAGCCUACACUCAAUCCUGACUCCUCUGUUUGGCAUGAUAUAGUGCUCUUCGACCGAUGGUCUGUGAAGGCCUCGCGGGACUAUAAUAGAGGAGACGUUGUCGCUAUAAAAUCACCAUAUGAUUCGAAGCUUCUUGUUAAACGAAUCGUUGCACUGCAAGGAGACAAGGUCAAGACUUUACCACCAUACCCAGAUCCCGAAGUCAAAAUCCCAGAGGGGUACGCGUGGGUGGAAGGCGACGAGCCGUUCAAGUCAGAAGACAGUAAUCACUUCGGUCCAAUCCCACUAGCUCUCAUUGAUUCGAAGUUGACAUUCAUCGUCUGGCCAUGGAAUCGCAUUGGACCGCUACGAAAACCUACUCUCCCAAAUCCCAAAGCUCAACGAGGCCCUGCCUGGCGUGCCCAGAAAGCCGAAGUCGAGAGGGAAGAACGGCGCAGGGCCCGUGUCCAGGUUGCGAGCUCAAGUACAUAGUAAAGUAUAUAUAAAGUACCGUAUACUUUUACCGGUCAUCAUGAUCGUCCAAUGAUACGUUGAACCC